GAGCAAAGCAGAAGAGGGCAGCAUAACCGGGAGCUAAGCUCUCGCUCCCACCUCCACCUCCCUCCCCCUUUUGACUCUCCCAGCUGCAAAACCGCGGGCAGCAUCCCGCCCGCGCCGCCCACCGGCGGCCACCGCCGCUUACAUAAACCACUAUUCGACCAUUCGCCGAACCAAGCCACGCCCACGAACCCAAUGGCGUCCUCCCUCCUCUCCACCCCGUCCCGAACCCUAGCCCCGGCCCCCGCCCCCGCCGGCCUCCGGGGGCGGGCGCCGGCCCAGGCGCACCUCCCGCGCGGCGUCGCCCUCGGCCCCCGCCGCAGCCGCGCGCUCCGCGUGCGCGCCUCGGUGGCGAUCGAGAAGGAGACGCCGGAGAGCGAGCCGCCGCCGACGUUCCUCCGCGAGGACGGGCAGGGCGCCGGGUCCGGGUCCGUGCGGGCGCGGUUCGAGGCCAUGAUCCGGCGGGUGCAGGGGGAGGUCUGCGCCGCGCUCGAGGAGGCCGACGGCGGCGGCGCGCGCUUCGUCGAGGACGUCUGGUCGCGCCCCGGCGGCGGCGGGGGCAUCAGCCGCGUCCUGCAGGACGGCCGCGUCUUCGAGAAGGCCGGGGUCAACGUCUCCGUCGUCUACGGCGUCAUGCCGCCCGACGCCUACCGCGCCGCCAAGGGGGAGGCCGGCAAGAACGGGGCCGCCGCCGCGGAUGGCCAGAAGCCUGGCCCCGUGCCGUUCUUCGCCGCGGGGAUUAGUUCGGUGCUUCACCCCAAGAAUCCAUUUGCUCCAACAUUGCAUUUUAACUACCGUUACUUUGAGACGGAUGCAUCAAAAGAUGCACCUGGUGCACCAAGACAAUGGUGGUUUGGCGGUGGUACUGACUUGACUCCUUCAUACAUCAUCGAAGAGGAUGUGAAGCAUUUCCAUUCUGUUCAAAAGCAAGCAUGUGAUAAAUUUGAUCCAAGUUUUCACCCAAGAUUCAAAAAAUGGUGUGAUGAUUAUUUUUAUAUUAAGCACCGUAAUGAGCGGCGUGGGCUUGGUGGAAUAUUUUUUGAUGACCUUAAUGAUUAUGAUCAAGAAAUGCUUCUCAACUUUGCUACAGAAUGUGCGGACUCUGUACUUCCUGCAUACAUACCAAUCGUAGAACGGCGGAAGGACACUCCAUUCAAUGAGGAGCACAAAGCAUGGCAGCAAUUGCGGAGAGGUCGUUAUGUGGAGUUCAACCUUGUCUACGACCGUGGUACAACAUUCGGCCUAAAGACUGGAGGAAGGAUUGAGAGCAUACUCGUGUCCCUUCCACUCACAGCACGGUGGGAGUAUGAUCAUAAACCGGAAGAAGGGACCGAGGAAUGGAAACUUCUGGACGCGUGCAUAAACCCGAAGGAUUGGAUCUGAUUAGCCCUUGUUCUUGAGAUGUUUUGUUAGAGUUUUCCCUUAUGUAGCGCCAAGAUAUCAGACCACGUGUAGUUUCAUUAUUUCUUUUGUAUCUGUAGAAUCGUGAAUAAAUAUGAUGUAGUAAUGCUGUAGCUGUUGUAUCUAUCUGCUGUUUUUUCCCCCAUGUGAAUGAGAGAACCAUUGCCUUCUGUAUAUUUACAAAGGAUUCAUCAGGUUUAUAAAACACUAAUUUCCCUCCUAUGGGAAAUA